GGAGAAGACUCACGAGACAAAGCAAGGUUCCUAACUUUGUUUCUGUAGAUUUUCUCUCCACUACUUACAACUCAUCAUUAACACAAGAUUUUCACUUUUCUUGCUUCUAACAACACUCUCCUUGAAACAUCAACACCUCAACUAUGAAUCCUACCAAUGAAGAACCCACCAUUGACAUUAAUUCCUCCCGAAGGCGUGUGUCCUUCGCCGACGAUGCCGAAGAAGAGCCGAACAAUAACAAUAACAUUCCCCUGCUGCUGCAGCCAUCAUAUGAAAGAUCAAAAUCCAUGAUGCAUGACGAGCUUCGAAAUUUUCGGAUUAGCCUAAAGUGGUGUGCACUUGACCACUCUUCAUGCUUUGGAAAACUCAUCUCUUACGUGGUGUUCAUCUUCCUCGCCGUGGUUGUGCCUCUUCUAACGUCCAUUUUUGUGGGAGUCCCUGCGUCUUCCCCUGAAGAUGAUCCAAUCUCAUUCAACAAGCUUGUUCAGGUGCCAGAAUCCACACUCGCCAUCAUUGCCUUCUUCACCCUCUCUUGUUUCUUCCGAAGGUAUGGGCUAAGACAGCUUCUGUUCCUGGACAUGUUGAGAGACGACAGCAGCUACGUACGAAGAGGAUACAAAGUAGAACUGGACAAGUCCUUCAGAUACUUGGCGUACAUAAUGCUUCCGUCCUUCUUCCUUGAGUUGGCUCACAAGAUCAUCUUCUUCUCCGCCGUUAAGAUCUCUGCUCCACACCUCAAUCCAACGUUCCCCCUCAACUCCAUCGCCUUUGUGUUGGUUCUGGUGUCAUGGCUUUACAGAACACUGGUGUUCUUGGUGCUGUGUGUGCUCUUUAGACUCACCUGCGAGCUCCAGAGGCUGAGGUUUGAAGGGGUUCACAAGCUCUUUGAAGGAUGCGGCUCCGAUGCAAGUCUCAUAUUCGGGGAACAUGUGAGGAUCAGGAAGCAGUUGUGGCUCACAAGCCAUAGAUACAGGUUCUUCAUCAUUGGCUGCUUGGUCACCAUCACUGUUAGCCAGUUGGGUGCUCUCUUGCUCGUUCUUGCUUCUAAAUCUGACAAGACCUUCUUCAAUUCUGGAGAUCUUCUGAUAUGUUCAGGAGUGCAGUUGAGUGGGUUCAUGCUGUGCCUGGUGGGUGCUGCAAGAAUCACACACAGAGCUCAAGGGAUAGUGGCAAUAGCCACAAGAUGGCACUUGUUAGUAACCAUUGCCUCUGCUGAAUCCCAACACUGCAAGGCCCAAAUACCUGAUGGACUAGCCAGUGAUAAUAGUGAUUCUGAUUCCUCAGACAUACGCAUAUCAGUAAUCCCACAACAACUUUCUACAUUCCAAAUCAGGGAAGCCUUAGUGACAUACUUGCAGCACAACAAAGGGGGAAUAACGCUGUAUGGGUUUACACUUGACAGAGGAUUGCUCCAUACUCUUUUUGCCUUUGAGUUGUCUCUGGUACUUUGGAUUCUGAGUAAGGUGGUUGUGUUGUCUUAACAUUAUUAACUUAGUCAAGUCCAGAGAGAAAGUUUAUCAUGUGUACCCAGCAAGGAAUGUCUAUAAAUAUAUAUAUGUGUGCCC